AUGGAUUUUUAUGAUCAAGUACCAAUCCCAGAUCCAAUAACACUACCAGAUCCAAUAUCAUUCCCGGAUCCAAUAGCAUUACCAGACCCAAUAGCAUUACCAGAUCCACCAAUUCCAUCAAGUUGGAAUGAGUGUGAUGGAACAGAAUUGAUACCAGAAAUUGACCCAACUGUUAGAUUAAAUGCUAUUAUUGCUAUUCAGUCAGCAUGGAGAGGAUUUCAAGAAAGAAAAAACUAUAGGAUUUAUAUUAGAGCAGUUAUCAUAUUUCAAAAAUUUUAUAGAGGUCAUAUUGCUCGUAAAUUAUAUAAAAAACUUUAUGAAGAAUCACGUUGGUUAAGAGAUGCACCACCACCAAUCACACCAUCAUUACAGGUUGUUAAAAAAGCAAGAGGUGUUGCAGGUAGAGCAAGACCAACAAGAGGUCAUAAAGUUCAAACAAAAGAAAUUGAAAACUGUGCACCAACAAACAAUGAGGAAACAACAGAUAACAAUGACACUGAAAAUAAUGAACCUAAACCAGAAAAACCAAAAUUAGUUAUGGUGGGAUCAGGUAUGGUAAUGCCUAAAUUUGAUCCAUCGGCAGUUAUGUUAAAGAGGGGAUCACCAGUUUUAUCAAAAGAAAAUAGACAUAGUAUAGCAUCAUUCGAUUCAAUUGGUUUAAAUAAAAAUAAAGAAGGUGGUGAAACAAGUUCCAGCGAGCCAUCUUCACCAUUUGCAUUAAGAAAAUCAGUACACAAAUCACCAGCUUCCCCAUCUGCAAGUUCAGAAUCAAAUGAAUCCCAAAAUGCAUUUUCACCUUUAUUAUUAAGAAAAACACCAACUGUUAUUCCAGAAAAGUUAGUGGAUGAGGCGUCAUCGGCAUCACCCAAAUUCCCAAUUUUAAAGAAAAGUUUCUCUGCAUUUGGAGCAAAAUCUUUAGGAGGUUUAAGUUCAAGCGAGGGGUUACCUCCACCAUCAGUUUUCCCUUCUUUUGAUUUACCACCACCUUUAUCAUCAUCCUCUAAUUUACCACCACCUCCUUCUUUUGAUCAAUCAAAUCUCCCACCACCAGUUUUUGAUAUUCCACCACCAUUAGAUUUUCCUCUUCCAUCUAAUUUACCACCAAUUGAUUUACCAACCCCAACCCCAACCCAACCUUUUAAAAAAACAUCACCACCAACUACACCACCAUCAGGUACUGCUCCACCACCAAUUUCAGCAAAACCUAAACCUUUACAUUAUUCAUCAAAUAAUAAUUUAAAUUCUUUGGGUACAGCUUCUUCAAAUAAACCAGUUAUUAACUAUGCCACAAAACCAUCAAAUAAUCCUCCACCAAACAAUAAUAUAGAUAUUGCUCCAAUAAACAAAACUUCACCACCAUUAAGGGGAAAUUCUUUACAAAAAUUACCAUCACAAGGCAGUUUACCAUUACCAUCCAAUUUACCACCACCAAUGGGCAUACCAUCCAAUUUACCUCCACCAAUGGGUAUACCAUCCAACUUACCUCCACCAUUAGGUAUACCUUCUAAUUUACCUCCACCAAUGGGCAUACCAUCUAAUUUACCUCCACCAAUGGGAAUACCAUCAAACUUACCUCCACCAAUGGGUAUACCAUCAAAUUUACCUCCACCAAUGGGUAUACCAUCAAAUUUACCACCACCAAUGGGAAUACCAUCAAACUUACCUCCACCAAUUGGAGCACCAGCCAAUUUACCACCACCAAUGGGAAUUCCAUCAAAUUUACCUCCACCAAUUGGAGCACCAGCUAAGUUACCACCAAUAACACCAGUUGGUUUACCAAAAUUACCAUCACAGGGCAAUUUACCAUUACCAAACAACUUACCACCACCAAUUGGAAUGCCAAGCAAUUUACCACCACCAAUCGGAAUCCCAUCCAACCUACCACCAACUAAGUUACCACCAAUAACACCAGUUGGUUUACCAAAAUUACCAUCACAGGGCAAUUUACCAUUACCAAACAACUUACCACCACCAAUUGGAAUGCCAAACAAUUUACCACCAAUCGGAAUGCCAGCAAACUUACCACCACCAAUCGGAAUGCCAAACAAUUUACCACCACCAAUCGGAAUACCAGCCAACUUACCACCACCUAUUACAACAGGAAAUGCGCCACCACGUGUCGCACCAACUGGUAUCCCAAACAACUUACCACCACCAAUCAGUAUGCCAGCUAAUCUUCCACCACCUAUAGCACCAAUAUCAGCACCAACAAAACAAUUAAAGCAGGGAUGGCAAAUGUUUAGCACAGCAGAGGGAAAAUCUUAUUAUCAUAAUAGAUCACAGAAUAUCACAACAUGGAAUGAAGCAGAUGCAUACGAAUUAGUUUUGGCCCCAACACAACCACAAAACAAAUCCCAACCUCCACAACAUGAGGCUACAGCAAAAUCAGAACAACAAAUUCCUCAAUUUAAACAAUCUCCAGUUGUCACCCAAUCAGCUGAUGAGAAAAAGAAAUCUAUAAAAAUUUUAGGUAUAUUUUUAAAGAAAAGACCAAACAAAUCAGAAUUGGUAUCAAAAGGUAUUAUUUCUGAUGAUGGUGUUCAAACCAGUCAAAGUUCAUCAAGCAAAUCAAAAUCAAAGAAAAAAUAA